AUGGCAGGGCACGGCGAGCUGAAUGGGAAUGUUGGGGAAAGAGAAGCAUCUGUAAAGAGUCUGAACUCGGUGGAAUCAGCCAGCCUUAUUUCCAGGGUUCCCAACGGUAGCCAGCAACUCGGCGAUACUAGCCUCACGCUCAGACCGGCUGUGAAGGGUGGCACGUUUGGAAAAGCUGGACUCAAAUCCAAGAAUUUCAUUCCAAAAGGAGGCAUGGACAGAAGGAAUGAGAAAUGUUAUGAAAACAAAACGAGAGAGAACCAACCCUCUGAAAAGCCCGAGGUGGUCUCUGUUCCCAAUGGUGUCAUCACGAGCAGCUGUAGCUAUAUAACCAAUGGUUACGUCAGCAAAGGGCUGGACAAUGACGGGAGUGGGUCAGAGAGUGGCUACACCACUCCCAAGAAGCGGAAAGGUAGGCGCAACAGUGCCAAGGGCUGCGAGAACUUGAAUCUGGUGCAGGAGAAAAUGCCCCACGAGCCCGUGGUCACCACCUCAGCCUUAAAGCAGGACUCUGAAGGUUUCAAAUCUGACUGCGUUGAAAUGAAGGGGAGCAGAGUGGAUGGCAUGAAACUUGCUUGGAAGUGUGAGACGGGGGCCAUGGGGGCAGGCCGUGGGAAGCCGAGUGUCGGGGAUGUACAGCGGAAGAACUCAGAUGCCAAGGUUGGGGUCCCUAGCAAAAAGUUUGAGGAGCGGCCCAAGGGGAAACCUGUGUCGGCAGCUGCCUCCAAAGAGGAUUCUUGGACUCUCUUUAAACCACCACCGGUUUUCCCGGUGGACAAUAGCAGUGCAAAAAUUGUUCCCAAGAUCAGUUAUGCAAGCAAAGUAAAAGAGAACCUCAACAAAGCUGCACAAGCCCCAUCUUUGUCGUCGUCAUCUUCAUCCUCCUCCUCCUCCUCCUCCUCCUCCUCCUCCUCCCUGUGUUCGUCGUCUGCCGCUGAAGUCCAGCCCUCCAGCCGCCUUUCUCAAGUCCCCAUGUCUGCUAUGAAAUCCGUUACUUCUGCUAGCUUUUCCAAUGGUCCGCUUUUAGCUGGGGCCGAUCGCAGCGUGUGUCCUACAGGGAGCCAGUCACUGCUUGCGCCUGCUGCUAGUGCCAUUUUGCUGGCCUCUUCCGAGUUAGUACCCCAGGAUGCUGGUAUGACCUCGGCCGUGGAGCAGAAGAAGUCGAGUCUUUUUAUCUACCCUUCAAAUAUGCAAGCUGUUCUCCUCAAUGCCACGCCAGCUGAACUGUCGUUCCAGGCAAACCAACAGAGCCUUGGUGACAUCUUCCAGAACCAGUGGGGUUUAUCGUUUAUAAAUGAGCCCAAUGCGGGUCCUGAGACUGCAGUGAGGAAAUUGGUGGACAGUAAAUCUGAGGAGGUGACAUUUCAAGGGGAAUGCCCUAAUGAUUUGGCUUCACAGGGCGACGCAGCUCCCUCGGGACCUGACCAGCCUGUGUUCCCCAAGGCUUACGAGCUGGACAAACGGACUAGUCCGCAGCUCCUCGGUGGCAUCGUAAAGCUUGGGACUGCUGGCGAGGGGGGUGGUUUUUUGUUGGAGUCCCAUCAAGCAAGUGGUCUGCACCCAGCCGAACUUAGUAGCCCAGGGGCAUUUAUCUUUCUCUCCAAGGACUAUCAUGUAGAGAAUCAGCUGGCCUCCCCUACGAACGGUUUGUUAGCCUCCACCAAAGAACAGAGGUACCAGAGAGGCCUAGAAAGGAAAGAAAGCUGGGGUGAUUUUGACCUGAGGGCUGCUGUUCUAUAUCACACUCAAGAAAUGGAAUCUCUUUGUAAUUUGCAAAAGCAAGAUCCCAAAAGGAUAAUCACUUACGGCGAAGCCAUGGAUCACCCUGACCAGUGAGGCGAGUGAGGAGGCACUGCCCAGGGGGGGCCUCCGGU